AUGCCAGGUUUGGUAGUAUUUAAGCGAAGAUGGUCAAUUGGUUCUGAUGAUCUAGUUGUACCAGCAGCCUUUAUGAUUGUUGUGCAUCUAAUAUGGAUUAUUGUCUUGACAACAACUCUCCUUGUGGUUAAUUUUGAUACUGAUGCAAUAUGCAUGAAGGAUUUAAAAGGACAUGUAUUUGGGUAUCUUGUCAUCUUGUCUGUUUGCCUUGUGGUGGAAGGAUGCAUAGCAUGGACGAGCAUGAGAGGAAGCAUUAUAAACACCGAACCAAGACGAUAUAUGCAACAUUUUAUUUACAUGAGAUUAGUGAUUUUUCUGGUUGAAUUGGCUUGGCUAAUUGUAGGCGUGGUUUGGACCGCUAAACAUUACCAAUCAUGUGCCCCUGGUUCUGUGAAUAGAAUUGUUCUUGCUGUCAUUAUCUGUAAUUGGGGAAUAAUGCUGAGUGUGAUUAUUUUUGUCUGGUGUACGUUUGAUACUGCUGGUAGGAAAUGGGUAAAAAUGAAAAGAUUUCAAGAAAGUCUGAGACGAAAACGGCGAGAUAGAAAACAUUCCAGUUGCGCACGUAGGAAUUGGAGACAGAGAAAAGCUUUACGGGCAUAUGAAGAAAAAUGGGAUAAACGAUUUAAUUUACUUUGUUGUUGUAUGGAAAGGAGAGGCAGAAAUCAGAGCUCCAUUUCUGAAGUUGCUCAAUUGUUCACAGAAUUCUUUAGAGAACUUGAUGUUGUACCUUCAGAUGUUGUUGCUGGAUUACUGUUACUCAGACGAUAUCAAAAGCUCCAAAUGAAAAAUUGUGUCAGUCAGAAAACGAAUGAUAUUUAUCAAUAUUUGUCUGGAGCUCCCAUUACACCAAAGACACAUUUUCUUCAGUUAAAUGAUCCUAAUGUUAUGGAAGAAUACAAGCUAAUCAUUCAUUACAUGGAGUAUGCCUUAGCUGCAUAUGGUUGGCCUGCCUACAUGAUGAUGAAUAAUGCAAUUGGUUUGUGCAGUCUCAUUCCUUAUCUUUCGUGUUGCUGUUGUAAACACUGCUUUUCGAGUCAUCAGAAUUAUACAACUGUCAUUGAAGAUAACUGCUGUGAUUGUAACUUUGCUGCUAUGAAACAAUUAAGUGGACUUCCAGAAGCUGAUAUUGUCUAUGUAACUUACCAUGUUGAUGUUGGCAAGACACCAUUUUAUGUUGCUAUUGACCAUCAACAAAAGAAAGUUGUGAUUUGUAUCAGAGGAACCUUAUCCUUACAGGAUGUUUUAACUGAUCUGAAAGCUGAAUCAGCUAUGCUCCCAUUGGACCCACCAAUUGAAAACUGGCUUGGCCAUGAGGGAAUGGUUGAUGCAGCCCAAUACAUAUAUAAGAAGUUAAAAGAAGAAAAUAUUUUAGUAAAAGCAUUUAAUAGUAUACUGGAACAAGGAACAUCAGAAUAUAAGUUAGUUCUGGUGGGUCAUUCUCUUGGUGCAGGAACUGCUGCUAUCCUAGCCAUUCUCAUGAAAAAAGAAUAUCCAACCCUGCACUGUUAUGCAUACUCCCCACCUGGUGGCCUUAUCAGUGAGGAAUGUGCUGAAGCAACAAAAUCCUAUAUAACAUCUGUUAUUGUUGGAAAAGAUAUUGUUCCCAGAAUUGGCCUUUCUCAACUAGAACUUCUUCGCUCUGAUUUGAUUAAUGUCAUCAAAAUGAAUGAAAAACCAAAGUGGAAAAUUAUUAGACAAAGUAUGAUGUGUUGUUUAUCAGAUAAUCCAGAUCCUGUACUAGAAGGAGAAAUAGAACGUAAUGUUAGAUUGCAUCCUAUAGAUAGUGGCAUUGGUUUAUCAGCUCAUAAACCACUGUUCUUACCUGGAAAAAUUAUCCAUAUUGUACGCAGUCAUCCAGUUAUCAAAAAGUCAAAAUGCAAACCAAAUGCUCCAGUUUACCAAGCCAUUAUUGCUGAUAACAGUAAUUUUGAACAAGUAUUAGUAUCCCCAACUAUGAUCAAUGAUCAUUUUCCAGAUAAUGUAUUGGAUGCUCUACAAAAGGUUCUCAUCAAUGUGGCACCAGCAAAGCCUAACAGAAAACUGCCGGAGACUGAACAUAACAGUAGACUUUGUGAAAUGCCAUCCCUCCCUGUUACUGAUGUUUGUAGACAUUCAUGCAAUUCCUGUGUCGAAAAAACCUUUUCUGCACAGACCAUCCAAUGCAUUCGUACACCUCCUCUCUUCCCACAAGAAAAAAAGUCUAGCCCAAUGAUAUUCAAGAAGAGUUUUUUUUUUCUUUUAACCUUUUCUUUUUGUCUAUUUUGUUUAAUAUGUCUUGUCCACUGGUAA